AAUCGAGACACUGCCAAAGACGAGACAUACGCAUACGAGAAGACCUUCACCCAAUAUAUUUUUUCGGCCCAUUUUCCUGGGAUUCUCGAGACCCAUUACCAUUUCCGUGUUACUCGCAACGUUACCAAUAGAUUUAGAAAUGAAUUUCAAUCCUUUCCAUAGUCAACUCAAAUGUAUUUACGCACAUGCUACAGCUGGCUGCUCAUCAACACUAAUUCAGUGAAUAGUUUCUCAACUGACCGCCAUCCAUGAGAAGAGGGCGCUAAAAUCAGCUCCGUAUUUUCCGGUCGGUAUGGCAGUCAGAUUGGGCCACGAAAGUUCAUAAGGUGUAAAAUCUACUCGUAUAACACGUCCUACCGUACCAAUUUCUACAGAACGAAUGACGACGUUACGAAUAGUCAUAGAGCUAAACAUGAACACGAAUUUCGAAGAACUUUCACACGACAAGGAUCUAAUUGCAAAAUUAGAACAAUAUCGAGAUGGAAUAUUAAAAAUCGAAGAAAUGAUUAAACUCGCUACGGAUCCAGAUAUAUAUGAAAAACUUACAAAUGCAGACAAAAUUAAAUACAAUCUAUUGAUGUCUUAUAGUGCAAACAGCAUGUUUUGGAUGUAUUUACGUGCAGAAGGAAUUGACCCGACAAAGCAUAAAAUAAGAUUGGAAAAUGAACGCUUAAAGAAAUCUAUGACACGCGCGAAACAAAUAGAAGAAAGAAUCACUCUUAUGCCACGUAUAAAUAAAGAUGCUGCACAAAGAUUUGUUAGAAAUGGAUUAUGGGAAAUGAAGAAUAAUAAAUGAAAAAAGCAACGAUGUCAAAGAUAAAAAUGACUGUAACUUAAUUUAAGAAUAUAUUAAAGUUAAUAAAAUGCAAGAUAUUAAUUUCUAGUA